AUGCUCAAAUUAGUUGCAUCGUCAUCCUCCCAGUUCCGAAACGGAGGAAAAGCCUUCUCAUCAUCAUUGAAUUCUCUCUCAAUUACGAUCCUUCAUCAUCAGUGUAAAAUCAACACUACGGCAUCGUUAUUAAUGAAUUCAAGAGUGAUAGAUGUGAAUACCAAGAGAGGAAGUGCAAAAAGAAGUGUCGGAAUUGUUGGAAUGCCAAAUGUAGGAAAGUCCACAUUAUUUAAUGCACUGACAGAGUCCCAAAAAGCUGAGGCUGCUAAUUUUCCUUUUUGCACAAUUGAACCUAAUGUGGGUGCCUGCACUGUUCCAGAUGAACGUCUAGAUGCUUUAGCUACCAAAGUUAAAACAAAAAAGAAGGUACCAACCUAUAUUGAAGUUAUUGACAUUGCUGGACUUAUUAAAGGAGCUGCUGAAGGAAAAGGUUUGGGAAACAAGUUUUUAAGUCACAUUCGAACAGUCAAUUGUAUUGCUCAAAUGGUGAGAUGUUUUGAAGACCCAGAUAUUACUCAUGUUGAAAACUCAAUUGAUCCAAUUCGUGAUGUUCAAAUUAUCGAGUCAGAAUUAAUUCUAAGUGAUUUAGAAGUUGUUGACAGAAAUAAGAAGAGAAAAGAAAACUCCACUUCUAAAGACAAGAUGGAUGUUUUGAACAAAUGUUAUGAGACUUUGAUUGAAGAAAAACCAUUGUAUGGAGUGAAUUGGACUGCAGCAGAGCAACUCCUUUUGAAACAAUUCAAUUUUUUGACAACCAAACGGGUUUUAUAUAUUUGUAAUGUGGAUGAAAAGGCACUUGUUACUGGUGGAAAUAAUUUCACUCGGUCGCUUCAAGACUAUCUCAAACAAAGAGGAAACACAAUUGAUCCUGUCAUUGUGUGUGCUCAAUUAGAAUCUGAAGUCGCUCAAUGUGAACCCGAAUCAAGGCUGGAAUUAUUGAAUGAAUAUGGACUCAAGGAAACAGGUUUGCAAAAAAUUAUUACAUCCUCAUACAAACUAUUGGAUCUCAUUACAUUUUACACAGUUGGUGUUGAAGAAACUAGAGCAUGGACUGUGACGAAAGGAAGCACUGCUCCUGAAGCUGCUGGUACCAUUCAUAGUGAUUUCGAAAAAGGAUUUAUCAAAGCUGAGACCAUUAAUUGGAAAGAUUUCUUAGACUGUGACUGUGAUGAAAGCAAAGCUAAACGAAAGAAUCUUCUCAGAACCGAAGGUAAAGAAUACAUCACACAAGAUGGAGAUGUUUAUCAUUUUAAAUUCAAAGCAUAA